CAACGAUGGCGCAAGUAACGGCUAUUAUCCAGGAAGCCUUUGGCACCUUCGACAAGGACCUCGCUUCCAACUUGACGACGAAGCAAGAGAAAUUUGAUCAUUGGCACGCGAAGAUUCGAGAGUCGGCAAAAGCUCGUCAAAUCGAACAGAAACAACUAGAUGAGCUGAAGCGCAGAUCUAUUGAACGGACGGAAACUGGUCGACGGUUGAAGAAUCUGGAGAAGUCCUCGGCUGACCUGCUUGCGACCCUGAAAGACACACGAGAGGACGGCGCUGCGUCUCAAACGGCCUCAGUUGGUGAUGCUGAUAAGGAUUCAGGAGUUGAAGUCGCUGAGUUCGAGGCGCUCUUUCCAGAGAACUUCGAUCCGGUAUCUGGUUUCUCUCAAGCACAAGCUGCGUACCUCCGCAGUUUGCCAUCUCCAGAGAUUUUGCAACAACGGAUUGAUUGCUAUCGAGCAUUCAAUAGAGAGAUUCUAGACGAAGUUGAGUCUCUCAAAUCUAAGAACGUAGUUCUCGGCCAGAACUACCGACGCAUGGUUAUGGCUUGUACAGGAUGGUCGGCUGAGCAGGUCGAUGAAGCCGCAGAAGGGUUAACUCAGUGUGUCAAGGAGCUGAAUGACAACCCAGUUCCGGAGGAUGAAGCCAUUGAAAUUCUCAUGCGAGACCGCGGUCAGGACUGGUGAGACCGGGCAUGAAGGUUAAAACAUACAAGAAUACAUAUGCAGGUACAUGCGACCCGAGCAACCUCUACCGUCAGCCUUCUUAGGCAUUGGUGGACGCUAUGUUUUUGUUACAUCUCCAUCUACGAUGUCUUAUAUUCUGCGAUGAAGCGUUUUCAUGGGCAUACGGCGUUUCUGGGGUUUUUUCUUCUUCCAUUCAUGUUGAUUCUUAUGUCGGUAUUUACAAGAUACCCUGACGGCACUUAAUGAAUUCUAAUUCCAGACACAUCCUGUCGCCCUGGAUAGCUUACCUCGCUGGACCUAGUUGGAGGUUCCAACAUCUUGCCUCCGGUACGUACUGUGUACUCCGGCUGAGCGCAAGCGGGGAAGAACCCCGAGCUGCUGGAUUCAGGCUAAAGGCGCACUUUAUCCGUCUUGUGCUCCCAAUGUUGGAGAACAUCGUCAGCAGAAAAAGAAAGUAUCUCCGCAAAGAAUAUCCUGACACGACUCAUUACCCCGCCUUGUUUUAGCCAUGCUGGUUAAGACCGCAGUUGCCAAGGACCUCGCGCGGAGUCCCUUAACCCAUUUGCCGACGUGUCGCGGCUUUUGGUAUUCAUAAAUAAACGGAGUUACCCCAAGCUCUGGUCCUGCGAGACCAGUUGAAUUUACGGAGCUUUGACGCAUCGCCUAUUCCUCCUUGACGACAGGUUAUACAAUCAAACCCAAGAUGGCUACCGGGAUUCUCAAAGUCAGCGGCAACAAAGUCGUAGACCAAAAUGGCGACGAAGUGAUCCUCCGCGGCGCAGCCAUUGGCGGAUGGAUGAACAUGGAAAACUUCAUCACCGGCUAUCCAGCCCACGAAUCCCAGCACCGCGCCUCCAUGCUCAAAGUCCUCGGCCGCGAAAAGUACGAAUUCUUCUUCGACAAGUGGCUGGAAUACUUUUUCACCGAAGCCGACGCCAAGUUCUUUGCCGGGCUUGGACUCAACUGUAUCCGGAUUCCCUUCAACUUCAGGCAUUUUGAAGAUGACAUGAAUCCGCGCGUGCUGAAAAAGGAGGGCUUCAAGCAUUUGGAUCGGGUUGUUGAGCUGUGUGCACAGCAAAACAUCUACACAAUCCUUGACAUGCACACCACACCAGGCGGCCAGAAUCCCGACUGGCACUCAGAUAAUCGGACAAACUACGCUGCGUUUUGGGAUUACAAGGAUCAUCAGGACCGGACUGUGUGGCUGUGGGAGCAGAUUGCUUCGCGGUAUAAGAGCAAUCCAUGGGUUGCCGGGUACAACCCUCUGAACGAGCCGUGCGAUCCUGAGCACGUCAGACUUCCAGCUUUCUAUGACCGUGUUGAGAAGGCGAUCAGAACAGUUGAUCCUGACCAUAUCCUCUGGCUGGAUGGGAAUACGUUUGCGAUGGAGUGGAAGGGGUUCGAUAAGGUUCUUCCGAACUGCGUUUAUGCUAUGCAUGACUAUGCGUCCAUGGGUUUCCCCACAGGCCCACGCUACAAGGGCACGCCCGAGCAAAAAGAAUACCUCGAACGGCAAUACCUCCGCAAAGCUGCGUUUAUGAAUGAAAACGGCACCGCGAUCUGGAAUGGUGAAUUCGGCCCCGUCUACGCAAACCCCACCACCACCGCCGACGCCCAGACCAUUAACCAAGAGCGCUACAACCUCCUCGGCGAGCAGCUGUGCAUAUACGACAAGUACAAGAUCCACUGGUCCAUCUGGCUGUACAAGGAUGUCGGAUUGCAAGGCAUGAUCCACACGAGUCCCCAGAGCCCCUGGAACAAAACCAUUGCUCCCUUCCUCGAGAAGAAGAAAGCACUCAUGCUGGAUGCUUGGGGCAGAGAUCCGUCGGAGGAGGCAGAGGCAGCCUUCAAGCCGCUUGUUGAGUGGAUUGACCGGGUCAGUCCCGCGGCGAAGGAUACGUAUCCGACGUCGUGGAACACGGAGCGGCAUUUGCUUAGGACAGUUUAUCAGACGUUCUUGGCGGCUUCGUUUUCAGAUGAAUUUGCGGAGCUGUUUAGGGGGUUGGAUGAAGCGCAGCUGGAGGCACUGGCGCGCAGUUUUCACUUUGAGCAGUGCGUUCAGCGCGAAGGGCUUAAUGAGAUUUUGCGUGAACAUGCUCGCGUAACUCAAGGCUAGUCUUUUGUAUGAUUGAUCAAACCUGUCUUGGGGGAAUAUGGGCCAUACUGAAUUUGCAAGAUAUUGCUCACUUCAGAUGUGACGAUGCCUCUUAUAUUGGGACCAUCGAAUUUCUACUUGAAGACUCCGUAGUGGCCUGGCUAUGUGGACAGCUCAAAGUUGUCAAGAUUGUUUUAAGACAUUAGGGUUUGUAACAGACAAUAGAACCUUCCCAGUUGUUUGUGCCUUUGAUGCGCAUGGAACAUGGUGGUAUAGUAUCUUCACAGAACAGGCAAAGUUAAUUAAAUCCUUCUUUGAGAAUACUUUAAUCAAAUUAUUUGCAUAAUGAAUGACCUACAAAAG